AUGCCGUCGAGUGUGCGGGCCGGGAGCCUGAAGGACCCGGAGGUGGCCGAGCUCUUCUGCAGGGAGGACCCCGAAAAGCUCUUCACGGACCUGAGGGAAAUAGGACAUGGGAGCUUCGGCGCCGUCUACUUUGCCCACGACAUCCGCACCAAUGAGGUGGUGGCCAUCAAGAAGAUGUCCUAUAGUGGCAAGCAGUCCAAUGAGAAAUGGCAGGAUAUCAUCAAGGAAGUCAAGUUCCUCCAGAAGCUGCGGCACCCCAACACGGUCGAGUACCAUGGAUGCUAUCUGAGGGAGCACACGGCAUGGCUGGUGAUGGAGUACUGCUUGGGUUCAGCUUCGGAUUUGUUGGAAGUCCACAAAAAGCCCCUCCAAGAAGUGGAAAUAGCUGCGAUUACCCAUGGUGCACUGCAAGGACUGGUUUAUCUUCACUCUCACAACAUGAUUCACAGGGACGUAAAAGCGGGCAACAUCUUGCUGACCGAACCCGGCCAGGUCAAACUGGGCGACUUUGGUUCCGCCUCCAUCGUCGCGCCGGCCAACUCUUUCGUGGGAACACCUUACUGGAUGGCACCCGAGGUGAUCCUAGCCAUGGAUGAGGGACAAUACGACGGAAAAGUGGAUGUGUGGUCACUUGGCAUUACCUGUAUAGAGUUGGCGGAAAGGAAGCCUCCUCUGUUCAACAUGAAUGCAAUGAGUGCCUUAUACCACAUCGCACAGAACGAAAGCCCCGUUUUGCAGUCCAAUCAUUGGUCGGAUUAUUUCCGCAAUUUCGUGGAUUCGUGCUUGCAGAAGAUAGCCCAGGACAGACCUACCUCCGACGUGCUCCUUAAGCACCAUUUCUUAUGCAGGGAGCGUCCAAUGACCAGCGUGAUGGACCUGAUCGCGCGCACCAAGGACGCCGUCCGAGAGCUGGACAACCUUCAGUAUAGGAAAAUGAAGAAAAUCCUUUUCCACGAGGCCCACAAUGGGCCUGCGCCUGAAGGGGCGGACGAGGAAGAGGAUGUGGAGCAGUACAUGCUGCGCACAGGCACGGUGAACAGCAUGGAGAGCUCGCACUCACUGCCGUCCAUGUCCAUCAGCGCCAGCUCCCAAAGCAGCUCGGUCAACAGCCUGGCAGACGGUUCGGACGACAGCGGUGAGAUGGCCAUGAUGCAGGAGGGCGAACACACCGUCACCUCCAACAGCUCCGUCCUGCACAAGCCCCUGAGCCACGAUAACAUCUACGAUGACCCGUACCAGCCGGAGGUGGACUUGCAACGAGAUGCAUCGUCCGCCAGCGGAGGAGGGGGCGGCGGCGGGGGCGGAGGAGGGAGGCGCCGUCGCGGGCGCGACCAUUUCGCCACCAUUCGCACAGCCUCACUCGUCACUCGCCAGAUCCAAGAACACGAGCAGGGGUCGGCCCUCAGAGAGCAGAUGUCUGGGUACAAGCGUAUGCGCCGGCAGCACCAGAAGCAGUUAAUGGGUCUUGAAAACAAGUUGAAGGCAGAGAUGGACGAGCACCAGCUGAGACUGGACAAAGAACUGGAGAACCAGAGAAACAGCUUCUCUAUGGAAGGGGAAAAGUUGUGCAAGAAACACUCUGCUAUAAUGGAAAAGGAGACCAAGGCAGUCCUGACUGAGGAGAAGAAGUUCCAACAGCACAUACUGGGACAGCAAAAGAAGGAGUUGACAAGUCUCCUAGAAUCGCAGAAACGACAGUACCGACAACGCAAGGAGCAACUCAAAGAGGAACUAAAUGAGAAUCAGUCAACGCCAAAGCGGGAGAAGCAGGAGUGGUUGGUGCACCAAAAGGAGUGUCUGCAGCAGCUACAGGCCGAGGAGGAGUCAGGACUGCUGAGGAGACAGAGGCAGUAUUAUGAGCUCCAGAGUCGCCAGUACAAAAGGAAAAUGCUGCUAGCACGCCACAACCUUGAGCAGGAUCUGCUCCGAGAGGAGCUAAACAAGAAGCAGACGCUGAAAGACCUGGAGUGCGCCAUGCUCCUGCGCCACCACGAGUCCACGCAGGAGCUGGAGUUCCGCCAGCUGAGUCUGGUGCAGCGCACCCGAGCAGAGCUGAUCCGCACACAGCACCAGACGGAACUCACCAACCAGAUGGAGUACAACAAGCGGCGCGAGCAGGAGCUGCGUCAGAAGCAUGCCGUGGAGGUCCGACAGCAGCCCAAGAGCCUCAAAUCCAAAGAGCUGCAGAUUAAGCGUCAAUUCCAGGACACGUGCAAGAUCCAAACGCGGCAAUACAAGGCCCUGCGAAACCACCUGCUGGAGAACACGCCCAAAUCUGACCACAAGGCAGUACUGAAGCGCCUGAAGGACGAGCAGACCCGCAAGCUGGCCAUACUAGCCGAACAGUAUGACCACUCCAUCAAUGAUAUGCUGUCCACGCAAGCCUUGCGAUUGGAUGAGACGCAGGAAGCCGAGUACAAGGUGCUACGCAUGCAACUCCAACAAGAACUGGAGUUGCUCAAUGCCUACCAGAGCAAGAUCAAGAUCCAUACAGACACGCAGCACGAGAGGGAGGUCAAGGACUUGGAGCAGAGGGUUUCUAUUCGCCGUGCACUGCUGGAGCAAAGGAUCGAAGAGGAGAUGCUGUCCCUCCAGAACGAGCGUUCCGAACGCAUCCGCACUCUCUUGGAGCGUCAGGCCAGCGAGAUCGAGUCUUUCGACUCUGAGAGUUUACGUCUAGGCUUCAGUGGUAUGGCAUUGGCGGGCCUGCCGGGCGACGGCUACUCCAAGCAGGGUUACCCCAACGCGCCGCCCCCGGCACCGCGCUCCACCAGUCACUGGAGUCACGGGGUGCACCCCCAGAGCGCUGCCUUGCCGCAACCCUCGCGGCGGAGCCACAGCAGCAGCAGCAGCGGCGGAGGCGAAAGAGGGGAGCGGAGGAGCGACUCGUCGUCCUCGCACUUGGCGUUGGCAAUGAGCCGGGACGGAGGGAGGGAGGGGCACCAUUCAUCCUCUUCGUCCUCAUCCUCCUCGUCUUCCUCCCAACACCAGCGCCAUCACCUCCCCCAGCACUACCACCACCAGAGCACACCGCAGUUGUACCGCGAACGGGAACGCGAUCGGGACCGGGAACGGGAGAAGGAGAGGGACUGGCCCGGAAUGCGGGGAGCCGGAGGAGAUCUUGUCCACCCUCUGCCCUUGCCCUUCUCACAUCACCUACCUUCGCGUUCCUCUUCUCAGUCCCUGGCCAUGCUACCUCCACCGCCGCCAGCCCCUCCGUCCGUCUCGGGCCCGUCGUCCUCCUCGUCUUCCUCCUCGUCCUCGCAGGGGGGAGUCUACGGGGGCAUUCGCGCCGCCCCCAGUCUGAUGGCUCUGAGAAACAGCCCCCAGCCUCUGAGGAGGACGGCGUCUGGCGGGGGGCCCGGGGCGGCUGCCGGCCCCGACGGAGUCCUGAGCCGGAGCACCUCCGUCACCUCGCACAUCUCUAACGGCUCGCACCUCUCCUACUCUUAG